AUGAGUUCCAUGAAUUUGAACAAUUACGUUCUCACAAUUGCUUCGUUUAUGGCAGUUAUUUUAUGUAUAAUACCUGGUAUAUUUCACAUACAAAAUAAAAAUUGGGGAGCAAUAUUUAUGUCAUUUUGGGUAUCACUCAUAAACCUCAUAAUUUUCAUUAAUUCGAUACUUUGGGCCAAUGAUUUGGAAGACAAAGCACCCGCCUAUUGUUAUAUAACAGCACCACUUGUUAAUGCAGCACAUUUCGGUAUAUUAGCUUCUGCUGGAUGCAUGAUACACACUUUGCAUAAUUAUGUAGUGAAACCAACAUUAUUAACAGAACGUGUUAGAAGGAAUCAAUCCCGGAUAGAUUUUGUUUUAUCAAUCAUAGUACCUUUUAUUCUUACUGGACUGACAUAUUUAAAUGCUCAGUAUGUAUAUGGGAUCAGACCUGUUUUAGGUUGUUUUAUACAAGCAAGCCAGACUUGGGUUUAUAUUAUUGUAGAUGGAAUGUGGCCUGUACUAAUAUCUGGUAUAGGAUGUUAUUUUGCAGCACGAACUGCUUAUACCAUCAUAAGCAAAGGAUUAGAAAUUCAAAGUUUAUUAAAGUAUACCAAAUCUGGUUUAAAUACAACAAAGUUUUAUCGAUUGGUGUUGUUCUGCAUAAGUUUCUUGAUCUUUGCAUUUCCAACAGCUUGUUUAACAUUUUUCUCGAACGUUACACUUAAACCAUAUGAUUUUAAUGAAGUGCAUGGAAAUUUUAAUCAGCCGCAAACAUUUAAUAACGGAGUAACGUUUGUUGAUUAUGUUAAACCAUUGACAGGAUUAUUUGUGUUUGUAUUCUUUGGCACUGGACAUGAUGCAAAACGAGCUUAUUUAAGAUGGGCCAAAACAAUGAAAUUGGAUUUAUGUUAUGGAUACUGUUUAAAACUCAAAAAAUCAAAUAACAAAAUAUCCAGUAAUGCUACUACUAAUGCUGCUGCUACUACCACAAUAGGAAGAACUCCACCAAUGACAAAUAUAAAUAACAUAAAUAAACUUUCACCACCUACUAAGAAAAGCAAUUUCUUUUCAGGACAUCGUACACCAACUGAACAAGCACAAUUUGAUCUUACUAGUGGCAUAAGAAUCAGAAUCGAUGGAUUGGAUACAAUAGACUUGGACCAGAUAUGA